UCUGACUCUCUCUCUUCCAGCCGAACAUGCCUCAGAAUGAAUGGGAAUCAACAGUGUUUCAGCUACCCACCCAAAUGUGAUUAGAUAUGGGCAUGCCAAAGAACAUUGUUAUUGGCUCUCACGUUUGGGUUGGAGAUCCAGAAUUAGUUUGGAUUGAUGGAUAAAUAAUAAAUGUAAAUGGAAAGGAAGCUGAGAUUCAAACUAGUAACGGGAAGACAAUAUUGUUCAUUGGAUCACAUUCCGUACUUGGGAGGGCAGUUGUUGUGAAUGCUAAUCCUGAUAUGAUUUGGAAGCAUUAAAGGCCAUUGUUUUAAAGCUACGUGUAUCUCUAUUGGAUCUAGCCGACUUCUGUUUUUUGCUUGGAGAGGUGUGCGUGCAAAAGAAGACUCAAAAAAAUUUGGAAACCAACUUUGGCAUAUUAACUACUGUUGAAAUGAAGAUACAAGUCCAGAGUACAAAGCGCAAAAGAAGACUGAGUGAGACUGAAGAAUAAACGAGGUCGUUUUGUGUAAAUGAGGACCUGAUGACACUUAGUGACACAACUGUGUUUUGCAAUCUCUUUAGUAAUUGUUUUAGUGAAACACUUAGACAAAUUAGUUCUAAUUUCUGUUAUGAAUUAAGUCCACAUGUUAGCUUGUAAUUAGUGGUUAGAUUAAAAUAGUUUUCCUGCUUAAUCAAGGAAGUUAGUUAGUUUUGCUUAUUUCUUUUCCAUAUUUUGUAUAUAAGGGAUUAGAUUUUUUCUAUCAAUUCUUAGUUGCUUGUAAUCACUUUUACUCAUCAAUAAGAAAACUAAGUUCUAUUUAGUUUUCUUCAUCUUUAAAAGCUUUGAGUUUUUACAACUCUGAAUAAGCAGUGUUAUGGCAAAUUCAAUUUGUAAAAGAGGCUCUACCUCUAAAUGUGGAAUAUUUAGAGGAGGCUAAACCCUAGACUAAUCAUACAUUUCACCAUGGUUACAAGACUUGCUUUACAAGUAUAAUACUUUGCUUGCACAUCAAGUAGAAGUAGGAUUGGGGCCUUGACUUGGAUUGGGCUUGUUAUCUUUAACAACAUAAAUUUUAUGUUAAAAAAAAAGGUUUUUAACCCCUUUUUGUUUGUUUAGGAAUCCAUAUGUCACUGGUACAUCUAUAGUUGCUAUCAAAUACAAGGAUGGAAUUCUUAUGGCUGCUGACAUGGGAGGUUCUUAUGGAUAUACCCUGCGAUACAAGAGUGUUGAGCGAUUGAAGCCAGUUGCAAAACAUUCUCUUCUUGGUGCAAGCGGAGAAAUUAGUGAUUUUCAGGAGAUUCUCCGUUAUCUUGAUGAGCUAAUUCUAUAUGACAACAUGUGGGAUGACAGGAACUCUUUAGGUCCUAAAGAGGUGCACAGCUAUUUAACCCGAGUGAUGUAUAAUAGGCGUAACAAGUUCAAUCCACUAUGGAAUUCACUUAUACUUGGUGGAGUGAAAAAUGGACAGAAAUACCUUGGCAUGGUCAGCAUGAUAGGCGUAAAUUUUGAGGACAACCAUGUGGCCACUGGAUUUGGGAAUCACCUUGCAAGGCCAAUUCUUCGUGAUGAGUGGCAUGAUAACUUGGGCUUUGAGGAUGGUGUUAAGUUGCUGGAGAAAUGCAUGUGUACUCCUAUAUCAUGAUACUACUGCUGUCAACAAGCUCCAGGAAUUUGCACCCUUCCUUGGAAGAGCAUCUGAAGGGCCAAGGUCCAUGGAGGGUGGUGUUCUUCGGGUGGACUACACAGCUCUUGGAAAAAUCCCAACUGUUGACAACCUUCUAAGAGGUAUAAAUUGAUAGUUGAUUGGUGUUGUAUGUGCAAGCAUAGUGGGGAAUUUAUUGAUCACCUGCUUCUUCAUUGCUGUGUGGCAUCGGACAUUUGAUCUUGUGUCCUCCCUCUGUUUGAGCUAAGUCAGGUGAUGCCCAAAUCUGUAGUUGAGAGCUGCUGCAAUUUUGGCAAGGUUAGUUUCAGCGGAAUCAGCACUAUAGAGCAGCUAAGGUGCAGCAAGCUUUGCCCUUAUGCAUCAUGUGGAAUCUAUGGCUUGAGAGGAACAAGUGGGUCUUUGAUGGAGGAGCGUCCUUAUGUACUCAAGAGCAUAUUUUGCACACUUUGUUUGAUUGGAUGCUUGCCUUAGGCGGUGUCCUUUCCAUGUCUUUUGUUGAUUUUUUUUACUCCCUUUAUUUUUUAUUUGUAUUCUUUGAAGUUGUACACAUCAUUUUCUGUAUCUUCCCACUUCCUUUUCUAAUAAAACUUUUA